AUGGGGCCAUGUUGUCAGGUGAGAGAACAGAAACAAAUGAGCAAGAAGCAAGCGACUGUAGAUGAGCAAGCUAGCAUCAGAUCCAUGGAGAAAGCCGCCCCGCAGGUUCCCAGGAGAGAUGCCAAGAAGCUUGUGAAGUGCCGAGGCUGCAGCUGCACGCCAAGAUGGUCGCGCCCGUGGAGCAGUCUACCGGCACGCCCAUCACCGAUUGAGCGGCCGGCGCCACCAGCAGCCAUGCUAAUCGUGCUGAGCCCGCAGGUGGUCGCGGCCGUCGCCUCCUGCAGCGCCUUUGCGCUGCCGCCCGCGCUAGAGCAGCCGGGGAGCAUCAUCAAGAGGCAGCACGCGAAGAAGCAGGCGGCGGCGCUCGAUGUGGCUGCCACGAGGCGCCCGGGAUGGUUCCGCUCUGUUCCGUCGCCAGUCGCCACCGCCCUUGUGCUUGACGCCGACGGCCUUGAAGUGCCUCUCCCGAAUCGUGCCAACAAGCUGGUCCUCCCCUUGGAACGAAUUGGCCCGAGACCAUCUCCUUCCUCGGCUCCGGCGAAGUCGCCGCGAACAUUUCUCCAAUUCCGGCAAUGAGAUGGCCGACAGAAACGAGCUUCCCGUCGAGCUCCACCUCCGGCCCCCACUCAGGAACAAUGCUGCCUCAGCUCUGGCCGUUGCGAGUAAGCGAGGCGUACAACAGUCAGUCUGCCUCGAAUCCCUGGAGAUGAUAGUGUCGUUGCCGGCCUCUGCCGGCCAUUCCCGCCGGUGAGAGCUCCCGAAGCCGCCCGACCUCAAAGCUCCUCCUGACGAUGUGGCCCCACUAGUCAACAAACUGCUUUGACCGCAUCCAUGUCAGCAAAACCACCAUGCUAACCCACCAAUGACGAUUUCCGAACGGGAUUGGUUAGAUCAGAGGGUUAAGCGAUCUGAAAAAAAGUUUAGAGGGUUAUGCGAACCACCCAUUUUCUUCAAGGGAGUAAAAUGGAUUUUUUCUAUUCAAAAUGCCCAUAAACAUUUUAUUAAAUAUAGUAAUAAUCAAAUAUGGGCAAUUAGAAUUCUUUCUAGUCCAUUCAUGAGUUGCUACUUCCUUCGAGCCAAAGGCACCCGGCAUAGAAAAAGAAACAAAUAUAACUUCAAAAGGAACACUAACCAGAGGGUGGAUAGUCUGGGUUAUGUCCAAAGAGUGGAUCGUCCGAGUUAUGUCCUCGUUGCACUCUAGCCGGGCAUGAUUGAAUUGCGAGUUGCGGAUGUUGGCCUUUGAUGAAGUAGACAUCUCGCGGUCGAUGGAUUCUAGGAUCAUGGUAAACCACCCUGGGCGUUUCCCCUGACACUGCAUGGGGGCAUUGUCGUCGCUGGUCAUUUUGGUCGCCGACCCAACACUGGAAGAAGGCAUUAGGACCACAUGUACCACCUUCCUGUCCAUCACGCCCCCUCCCAUUGCUCGGUACCUUUGACCCAUCCAUCAAGGAUUGUCACGGCUAUCUUAGGCGAGGGAAAUGACUAAUGUCCUGCAAUUGCACUUGGUUGACUUGUAGCCUUUUCGAAGUAAGAGUACGAUCCCACAUUGAGCUAGGAAAUUGUCCUUUUGCCUCUCUAGAGGUCUAUCAAAAUGCUCAUGUAAGUUAGUUGUGAUUCCAAGAAAAAGCAAUGCGGAAGUAGAAAAUAUUACAAGACUUGUUGUGACAAAAAUCAA